AUGUUCUUCAAAUCUGCUACCAUCAUCUCUACUCUCGCCGUCCUCUUCGUCGGCCAAGCUAUGGGUAGUGCCUUGAUUGCCGGCCCAGUCUCUGCCUGCGGUCCGCCCAACAACGGUGACCACCAUGCUGGAAGUAGCUGCAAAUUCUACUCUUCGGACAGUUCCAGUGUGAUUUCUGGCACUUGCGUCGUUCGCGAUGGAACGUUGACCUGCGUCGCGUAG